UUCAGGAAGAUGAAGUGCAUUUGAAAUAUCAUCUCUCGGAGACGAGACAUUUCUGGCUCGCAGAGACCUAGUGAGCAAUUCCAGUAGCACAAGUCAACUUGGCACCAGUGUACUAGUACUUACACAGAACAAUGCAAUAUGAUUCACAGCAGGUAGAAGUGGAAGAAAUCAAUUGGGUUCUGUCUGCAGUUUACAGCAGCUCAUGAUCAGGUUUUAUAAACGGUGUUAACGAAGAUUACCACAAUGAAUUUUAGCACAACUGUAAUGGCGGGCACAACAGCUGCACGCUCCAAUGCUGUUAUAGGAUACGGUAGUGCCAACGACACAAGUAGCACGGGGCUUCAUGUUAUCCAGGUCGCCCUGCAGCCAUCUUCAACCACAACAUUGGCGAUGACAACAACAUCAACAACGACAGCAACAGUAUCAUCUGGGGCUCAUGUCAGCAGUGCAUUGGCCUAUGUGUUGAUACCUUUGGCAACACUGUUUAUCAUUGGAUUGGCAGUAUUUUUGAUUAUAUUCAUAGUACGACGUAAAAGAAUUGACAAGUUACGUCAUGCCAUGAUGCCAGUGUAUAGCUACGAUCCUGAGGAGGAAGGCGGGGACUGGGAGUCGGAACUCCUGGAAGAUGACAGAGAGGCUCAAAGGUCACUUAAUGUAAAGCAUACCAGCCCGGGCAGUCCAGAACUGAAAUUUCAUCCUGACCAUCUGCAACUUUAACCACAAUUCAGCACACAUUCCAGCAAUAUUGUGACAAAAAUGACCCACAACUACCCUGGAUAAAAAUAAUGAUUUAAAUUUUAAGAUUGUUGUGAAAACAAACUACUAAUGAAACUCGAUGUGUGUCAUCUUUGCAAUCCAAGUGUAAUCAGUUGUAUCCAUAACCAGUCAUAGUCUAUGAGUGCAUUCCCAUAGAAUUAGAUCGAUCUAUCAA